UGCCUUUCUGUCUCCCAAGGCUCCCGAUUGAGCCAGGCUACAUCGCAUGGGAAGGGAGGAAGAGAUGGAUAUAAAAGUGUGUGUGUGUUGUGUUGUGUGUGAAAGAGAGAGAGAGAGCGCCUGAGAAAGAGAGCGGGCGUCUGAGUUUAAAUGCCUGCCUGUGUACGCGCCUGUGUGAGUGUGAGUGUGUGUAUCAGGGCAGGAAGAGAGGGAGUGUGUAGGUGUGUAACAGAUGAGAGGGGAAUCUUUGCCAGAUUAGUCAGAGAAGAGGCUGGCUUGUUAGGAGAUGGCAUACGCAUGGAGCACCACAUGCACACUAACAUAUACACAGUCAAUCAGACGGCUCUCAGCUGGGCUGUGCAUCUUUGAGGAUUACCCCCCUUUAUCCCCUCCAGUAUGCUGCUGGAGCGACCGCAGCCCCCCACACAGAGAGUAGCGGGGCUUUCAAAGCUGUCAUCUGCGUCUGAGCCGACCGAUGAUGAGCAGGAUUUGAGAUUGUCGCAGCUCUUGUGCUGUUGUCACCUCUAACUCACUUCCCUGCCAUGCCUCCAUGCUUUACUGACUUAGCGAUUGUUGAUUUCCCGCAUGUCUCUCCUUGUUCUGACUAAUGUUCCCCCACCGACUCCUCCCUCUUCCUCCAGCCUGAGGCAGGAAAGAACAGCUCCCUGGAGGACAUGGAAGAGGACAUCAGUCUGAAGAAGCGUAAAGGUGAUCACCAUGGAGAGAAGGAGCUGCAGGUGAGCCAAGAAACCAGCGAAAAGGUCAAAAGGAAGCGAGGUCGCCCACCGGCUGAGAAACUGCCUCCAAAUCCACCCGAACUCACUAGAACACUGAACACUCUGGUGGAUAUGGUCAUCAACUACAAGGAUGGGCUGGGACGACAGAUCAGUAAAGGUUUUGUGCAGCUUCCUUCUAAAAAAGAAGUACCGGAGUAUUAUGAGCUUAUCCGAAAGCCUGUGGAUUUCAGGAGGAUCAGAGAACGUGUGCGUAAUCACAAAUACAGAAGUGUUGGGGAUUUGGAAAAGGAUGUCUUCCUUCUGUGUCACAAUGCACAGACAUAUAACCUGGAGGGAUCUCAGAUCUACGAGGAUUCGAUCGUCAUCAAAUCUGUGUUUGAGAGCGCAAGGCAGAGAAUUGUCACAGACGAAGAACAAAAGCAGACUGUUAGCGCCAGUCACGGCAAUAAUGGCAGAGGAGCAGAAGACCAAUUCGGUCAAUCAGUGACUCCAUUACCAGUUCAGAUAAAGAAGGAGGACAGAAGCAUAAACACCAUAGCCAAGAGGCUCCACAGUGAUAUAGAUAGUGAUGAGGAUCCAGAGGACAACAACACAAAAUAUCAGGGUUAAAAGAAAGACCCUAAUUUUUUGUAUUCUUGUUCCCACAUUUUCUCCCCCACAUCGCACUUACCAAACAAUGAUUCAUUUCCUUUCAGAUGACUCGUAAUUCAAACACAUGUUGCCACACAGAGUUCUGUCUCAUUCUUUUUAACUAUCCUCUUCCAAUAAGUCAGUCACAUUUUAUCUGUUUUAGUCCCUGUGCUUUUGCAGUUUAUAUGUAAAAGACAGAUUUCAAUGACUGUUUCUGAUCAGGAUGUUUGAUUGUAUGAAGUGUCUUCAUCGUGUAUUUGGAGCAUGAUAUUUAAUCUGGCUCCUCCAGAGGAGCCCCAGCUGUUGGUGUGUUCAGGUUUACAGAAUUGAAGCACACAGGAAAGACUUUUUAAAGAAAUUGUUACAAAUGAAUAUAAUACAUUUGUGUAAAACACAUACAGUUUUUAAGAUAAUGGUAUAAUAAAAAAAAAAAAGUAAAACAUAGUAGAAAUCUAAAUUUUGACCUAGAGAUGCACCGAUUAGAAUUUUGUGGCAAAGUCCUUCUGUCUGAUUUAUGGAAAGAUUUGAUCUACCAAAGUGGAUUUCUCUUUUAGACUUAACAUAUAAGAAGGUACAAGAACAGCAUUUAAAAUAUUAUUUUUCUAGCCCUCCUGCCAUAAACGAUCAUUAGUUAUUUAUAUUAGGAGCAGAGGCAAUGUCACACCUCAUGUCUGAGAGAGAAGUAGUUAUAAAACAGAGUUUACAAAAGAAAUCAAACCUAGACUGAUUAGGAAUGGAUUUAGCAUCUUUUAUUAGCUUUUAUCAUAACUAGUAUUACAAAAUGAUUCCCCUGAUAAGGUUGACCCUAAGGUUUCCAAAAGUCUGCAAAUAUUUGCAAAUCCAGCAUGCUUGUGGAUUUUGGUCAACAGGAGAUUUCUCGGUGCAUCUCUAGUCAUAACCACUUUUCAGCUACUAGUAAUGAUGGUCUGAAUUUUGUUUGUUACCGAUACUUGAUGGAGUCAGUUUUAGUCUAACAAAGGGUAUCCAUGUUGAACAUUUACAGGGGUUGGACAAUAAAACUGGAACACCUGGUUUUAGACCACAAUAAUUUAUUAGUAUGGUGUAGGGCCUCCUUUUGCGGCCAAUACAGCGUCAAUUCGUCUUGGGAAUGACAUAUAC